CACAGGAAGUAAGAACGGCGAAGCUAGCGCACAGGCUAGCUAGCUAACUGUGCUAUUGAUCAUAAUACUUCUUAACAUAUUUGCUCUCCUAUUAAUGGGUCCGAUUUUGUAAUUAUAGACAGAUGUAGUGAGUUUACCUCUACACGUAACGAUCAAGCUGUACUAGGCUACAAAAUGGAUUUAAAACCGAGUGAUCUCUCUCCGAGAGAAGAAGGGGAGCUCGAAGACGGAGAGAUAUGCGAUGAUGAAACCGAGGAAAAGGUGCUUAUACAGCAGGGAUUAAGGCCUAGUAGUAGAACGAUCCCUAACUCACAACGAAGUACACGAAAAUCGAAGCAAAAACUGCAUAUGUUACCUUCGCUUAUACCACCGGAUUUUCGACUUUUAAUGCCAUACAACCGCGGACCUCACCUGCACAGUCCCUUUCCCAUAAAUCACCGACAGCAAGGGGGACCCAGUGGACCAGACCGACCACCACCACCGGGACUACCGUUGGGGCCAGAUCAGAGGCCACGCUCCAGCUUUUGGGAACGAAGUCAUAGUGCCUUGGGAAGAUUUAGACAUCGGGGGAAGCCAAAUGAAGGACACGGGGAUUGGGACAGAGUAGGUUGGGGAGACUUGCUUGCUGGAGGAAGAGAACCUGGGAGACCUCCCCAGGGUCGUUAUGGGUCCGGAGAGAAUCACAACAACAUCAGAGAAUCUCCCACAAGAAAAAAAGUAUUUGGGAGGAACCAGGUGAGGAAACCAGUUCAUAAUGUUGCCAAAACCGAAAAUGGGGUUGACGAGAGCUUUGAGGAUUUGCUCUCGAAGUACAAGCAGAUUCAGUUGGAGCUGGAAUGUAUUAGGAAAGAGGAAACAAUGGCUCUAAAACCCGAUGAGUCACCUUCCAAAGAGGCUGAAGUCCCAGUCAGUAUUUCCACAGCCGACCCAGUAGCAGACACAAACACUGUUCCCAGCGACGAUGCCGCUGAUGACACAGAGAGAGCGGAGAAAAAGGCUUUCCAAGCCUUCCCCCUCAAGCCUCUCCGCCAGAAACUCCUCAAACCUGCCGAGUUGGACGCUCUGAAAACCAGAUCAUCAGAGCUGGAGUUAAGGGAUGGCGACCAGAAACCUGAAAAAGAGAGUGUCGAGGAGACCGGAGUGGAGGAAGAGAAAGGCCCAAUCGACCUCACUGCCAAUUCAGAAGGUGAGGAAGGAAAGGAAGAGGGAGAAGAUGACAAGACAAACACGGGCAUGUGCUGCAGCGAAUCAGACGACUCCCCUCCCUCCCCUGUCAAACCCUGCGCUCCUCAGGUGAAGCUGAAGGGGAAGGACGAGGACGAGGAGCUGUCCGAGCUGCAGCUGCGGCUGCUGGCCCUGCAGUCCGCCAGCAGGAAGUGGCAACAGCAGGAGCAGCAGGUGAUGAAGGAGAGCAAGGAGAGGAUCGCCAAGGCCUCCCAGGAGAAGAGCGCCGCCCCCAGCUCCGGGCCUCCUGACCGGGGCCGAGUUACCACGCGCUCAGCCUCUUCCGCUGCAGCUGAGAGGGCCAAGGCGCUGGUCAAGCCCCAGGAGAGGGCCAAGGCUGGGCCCAGGGCUUCGGUGGAGAGGGGUACGGCUGGGGUCAGGGCUCUGGGGGAGAGGGGCAAAGGUCCAGCCAAGCCCCAGACAGGGAGGAAAGCAGUCAGCCUGGGGGACAAGGGUCCAGGGUCGGCUGCUAAGCAGGCCUUCAGGAAACAGCAGCUGCGCACGUGGAAGCUGCAGCAGCAGAGGGAGGUGGAGGAGAAGAGGAGGGAGGUGGAGGAGGAGAGGAGGGAGGUGGAGGAGGAGCGGCGGAGGAGAGAGGAGGAGAUCAGGAAGAUCCGGGACCUGUCCAACCAGGAUGAGCAGUACAACCGCUUCAUGAAGCUGGUUGGGGGCAAGAGGCAGACCAGGAGCAAGUCCAAGGACAACGAGCGGAAGUCAGUGGGCAAACAGGGACUGGACACUUCAGGCAACCUGUACCAGUACGACAACUACGACGAGGUUGCCAUGGAUACUGACAGUGAGACCAAUUCCCCAGUACCGUCCCCAGUACACAACCCAUUUGCUGACAACGCUCUGUGUUUCCCCGUGCUCAAUCCAUUCACAAUGGACUCUCCCGAAUACAGAAUGGACUCGGGCCAGCGUUUCCUGUCUGUCAUCCCCACGGCUGCGCCCCCGCCCCCACCCCCGCCAGCCCCCCCGCUGGACGAGCACGACCAGCCCCCCAAGCCCCCGUUUGCAGACGAGGAAGAGGAGGAGGAGAUGUUGCUCAGGGAGACCUGCCUCAUGUCCAUGGCCAACAAGCGUGUCAAUGCGCCAGAGGAGAUGUCCGACAGCGGCCCUCCGUCCCCCGUGCCCGCUUCCCUGCCACAGCCCGCUUCCCUGCCACAGCCCGCUUCCCUGCCACAGCCUGCCCCCCGGGGGAACCUGCAAACCGUGAGCCUGAACAUCGCCAGUCUGAACGUCUUGACCCAGGCUCGCGGAAGCAAGUUCCCCCGGGGCCAUCACGGCCCCAGAGUCCCGCUGGUGCUCCCCAGACACAAAACCGUAGUGGUGCAGCUGAACAACUCUGACGACAGCGACUCAGACGAGCAGGAGGCGUCCAGCUCCAUGCCCUCUGUGUUCGGAGGGCUGGAGUUCAUGAUCAAGGAGGCCCGCAGGACGGUGGAGGCUGCCAAGCCGAAAGCUGCUGCAGAGAAGGAGAACCACCCUGUGAGAGCUCCGGACAGCCUCCCCGCUGCCAAGAAGGCUGAGUACCGCCUGCUGAGAGAGGAAAUAGCCAGUCGGGAGAAAAAGAAGACCCUGAAGGACCAGGCCGCCGUGGGGUCUCCGGCCGGGUCGGACUCUGAGGUGGACCUGGUUGCCAAGGCAGCAGCCAAGCUCUGCCUGAGCGAAGCAGAGGACAGCCUGAGCAAGCACAGGGAGCUGCUCCAGAGAGACGAGGCCGUCCUAAGACAGCUGCUCCUGCAGGAGAGCAGGAAGAAGGAGUCUCUGAAGGCUGCUGAGGGCAAGGUGCUCAAGCUGAAGGAGCAGCUGCUGGCGUCUGAGAAGAUCGUCAGCGCUAACAGGACCCUCCUCAAGAAGCUCCAGGAACAGGUGACCCGUGUGGAGCACCGUGUGCUGAUUAAGAAGAACCACAGCGUGAGGCUGGAGAGGGACCUGAUGCAGGCCCAGGCGGCCACAGGCAGGGGGCAGAAACGAAGAGCUGACACCAGCAUUCUGCAGCCCUGGAAGCUGCAGCGUGUGGACAGCUCUGGACGCUACCUGGCGGACCUCAUAGCCCAGAAGCAGCGUCUGCAGCAGCUGGAGUCUGAGUACGCUCUGAAGAUCCAGAAGCUGAAGCAAGCCCAGACGCUGCGUCACCGCGGCCUGGCCCCAGAGGCCCCCGCCCUGCCCUCCACCCCCCCGCGCCCCCCCACCCCUCCCCCCCCGCCCCCCAGCCCCUUCCCCGUGCCCCAGCCCUCGCGGCAUGACCUCACCCAGGACAAGCUGACCCUGGACAGCGAGGACGCCGAGGACGGGAACGAGCCGGAACCUGCCGCACCUUCCGGCGCCACCAGGAGGAGCCGCCGGCAGUCCUUCCCGGAGCUGGGCGCGUCCACCAAGCCCAAGCUGGAGCUGGCCGCAGGCUCAGCGGUGAAAGACGGGGCGGUGAAACCGACCAAGGCGCCGGUGGGCUCUGGAGAGCCGUCGGAGCUGUUCCUGGGGCUGGACGUGGAGGCGCUGAGGCUGAAGCACCAACAGCAGGCCAGGCUGGGAGAGCUGCUGCUGGGGGAGCUGAGGACCAUGGGGGGCUGGGAGGAGAGGAACCCUCCAGAGAAGGUGUUGGCGGUGGAUGUGGAGGCCAUGACGCCUCAGAGCAGCCGAGCGGAGCUCAAACCAGUUCCCUUUGGAUCGUACAGAAGCCCUCUGCUGGUCUUCAGAUCCUACAGAUUCAGUCCUUACUUCAGAACGAAGGAGAAGAUGUCCCUCAGCUCGGUGACCCACAGCAACACGAUAGAGGCCAGGAAGUGCUUCUGCCGCUUUGACCUGACGGGAACGUGCAACGAUGACGACUGCAAGUGGCAGCACAUGAGGAACUGCACCUUUAGCGGGAACCAGCUGUUCCAGGACAUCCUGUCCUACAACCUCCCUCUGAUUGGCUGCUCAGAAAGCAGCAACAAUGACGAGAUCUGCGCCGCAACAGAAAAGUACAUCAAGAAACUCUUUGGGGCCAACAAAGACCGCAUGGGAAUGGACCAGAAAGCAGUCCUCCUAGUGAGCAAAGUGAACGAAAGCAAGCGACAUAUCCCUCCCUUCACCACCUGUAAGGACACCAGGACGUGGAGGCCCCAGCCGGCCUGCCAGGCCAGCCCCAACACUGGGGACGACAGCGGGGACGAGGGCCUGGAGGGCAGCACUGCUGCCGUCAAAUAUGAAGACGUCUCCAAGACCCGCCUGCCCUCGCUGGACGUGUGUGUGUCACCCGAGGACAAGCGCUACUUCACCAGCGAGACUGACGACAUCUCCAACCUGGAGACCAGCAUCCUGGAGAGCCCUCGGGACACCCAGCUCUGGAUCAAACUGGCCUUCAAGUACCUCAGCCAGAAAGAGCCUUCGUCGUCAGAGUGUUUGGACGCAGCGUUGAACACGCUGUCCCGCGCUCUGGAGGACAACCGGGACAACCCUGAGAUCUGGUGCCACUACCUGCGGCUGUUCUCACGGCGCGGGGCCAGGGAGGAGGUGCAGGAGAUGUGUGAGAUGGCCGUGGAACAUGCUGCCCACUUUCAAGUGUGGUGGACGUACCUGAGUCUGGAGAGCUCGUUCGAGGGGAAGGACUACGUGUGUGACCGCCUGCUGAGGUUCCUGCUGGGCCAGGUGGCCGGCGGCCAGACAGACAAGCUGUCCUUCCUGCUGCUGGAGGCGCUGCUGUACCGGGUCCAGCUCAGCCUGUUCACAGGCCGCAUGCAGAGCGCUCUGGCCUUCCUGCAGAGUGCUCUCAAGUCGGCCAACGGGAGGAGCAUUGCAGACCACCUGACGGUCAGCGACCGUGCCCUUGCCUGGCUCUCUUACAUCCACCUGACAGAGUUCGACAGCCUGCCGGCCAGCCUGUACGACCCAGCCGACUCCAACCCCUCCAGGCUGGUGAGCACAGAGCCCCUGACGCUGCCCUGGGUCACCCCGCAGGACAUCAGCACGCCCCCUGACAUCCUGGUCGCCCUUUUUCAAGAUGCCGUUCGGCAGUGCUCAGAUGAGACACUACCUCAGAAGGAGAGGAUACUAGCCUGCUUGGCCCUCCACACCAACCUCAUCACCCUCAACACUCUGCUGGAACGCUAUGACAAGGGCAUGGAGCUCUGUGAGUCCCUGCUGGUCACGUGCCCCGAGUCCUGCCCCCUGCUGGACGCCCUGGCUAACAUCCACGUCUGCCGGGGCCACAGCGACGAGGCCGUCAGAGUGUGGCUCCGGGCCCUCGCCGAGUGUCCACACAACGCAGAGAUCUUCUACCACGCCUGCAAGUUCCUCAUGGCCCAGGAGAAGCCCGAGAUCAUUGAGCCUCUGUUCCGGGGGUUCGUUCUGUCCUUCUGCCAGAACGACGAGAGCGAUCGGCAGCCGGUGGACGUGCUUCGGUUCAUCCUGGGUGUUCCUACAGAAGACGUCCUCCGAAGCCCAGUCAUCAAGAAGCAGCUUCAGGAGCAGAUCAUCCACCACAUGCCUCACCUCCACCUGGUGCACUGCUGUUGGCAGUGGACUCAUGGGGCAGUCGGGGUGGCGGUGGAGGCCUUUGAGAGCGCUCUGGGCUCCGUCAUGCAGCUGGAUGUUCUCCACAAGCUCUGGAUGGAUUAUCUCGUCUUUACCAGCAGUAAGUUCCUGGGGUCCCAGGCCACCGGCCGGGAGUUCAGGAUGUUUGCGGAUCUCGUCCAGCGUUGCCUGGUUACGGUGCCGUCCAGACUGGAGGUUCCGUUCAGCUCAGCCCGCUACUGGAGCUGCUUCACGUUCCACAACAAGGUGGUGUCUCUCUACCUGAGCUGCCUGCCAGGGUCUCAGCACCCCCUGGUUCUGGAGAGGCUGCGCUACACCAUGCCCACCAACACACACCUGGCCCUCAGGUUGCUGCACCAGGAGUGGACGGACGGGAACGUGGAACAUCUGAAGUUCCAGGCGAGAACGUUGAGCGCCAGCAUUCCCAACUGUCUGGCCAACUGGAAAAUAGCCAUCACUGUGGAGAAGGAGCUCAAGCAGAGAUCUGAGGUGCGACUUCUCUAUCAGCAAGCCCUGCAAAGGCUCCCUCUGUGCGCCACCCUGUGGAAAGAUCGUCUGCUGUUUGAGGCUGCAGAGGGAGGAGGUAAAACUGAUAGACUGAGGAAGCUUGUUGACAAGUGUCAAGAGGUGGGAGUGAGUCUAAAUGAGCCCCUAAAUUUAGGCUCGUGCUAAACGGGAGAGGAUCACUGACCCCCACUUGCACCCCCUCAGUGAACCCCCCCCCCUUUCAGAAACACAAAGGGAGAAAAUAAAAUGAACUUAGCGCCAAUCAGACCAUCCUAAUGGAAAGGCUGCUGCUUAGAGAGAGAGAGAGAGAUAGAGGAGGUGAGCAGGGUUAGGGUGCCCGGAGACACGGCGUAGGACACGCGUCACAGAAGCCUCCUCGAGUGUCCUGAACUCUGACCUCUUAAAUCAGCCUCCAUCAUGUACGUAAGUAUGGACCCUGCCAAGUGACACGUCUUACCUUUCCCUUUUUAUGUUUGACACGUUUCUCCUUUUGUUUGUUAUUUGUAUUGUCACCUUUUUAAACAAAUUAAUUUGGCUUCUGUUUUACCGGGGGGGGGGGGGGGGUUAGUAGUUCUGCCGGACGCCUGCAGGCAUCUGUGUGUUUUAAAGGGUGUUCCCCUCUCCUGGCCAGACUAGGCUGCUACCAGGAUGUUUCUGUUUGUUCUGGUGUAUCCUUAGAGAAAAGAUGGACUCAUUAUUUCACUAUUUGUUUUAAACGAUAAAAGAAGAACAAAAUUUAAAUGAUUGGCCAAUAACAAAAUGUCUGACUGCAAAGUAUUCUAUUUGGCCUGUCGUUGUCCUGUGUAUUUGAGGCUGACGCCCUGUAGACCUGACGGGGAGGCCCUUCAAACCCAUCACUAGUCACGGGUUCAAUAUUGGAGCUAUAUUGUUCUCUUAUGUGCAAUUUAGGGGUUUUUUUUGUGUCAAAAAUAUAUGAUUAAAGAGUAUUUGGCUAUGAGCCGAGAAGUCCUUCAACUGUU